AUGUCAUCGAAACCAACAGAAACAUCAUCUAAAAAGCCAGUUGGUGUGUUUAGGCAAAUUGUUGAAGUACCACCAAAGAAACAUCGUGAUCCACGUUUCGAUAAUCUCUCUGGCAAAUUCAAUGAAGAUUUAUUUGAGAAAACAUAUAGCUUCAUAAGCGAGUAUAAGGAAUCAGAGAUAAAUGAACUACGAGAACUAUUAAGGAAAGAGAGAAACCCGGAAGAAAUUGAGAAACUACGCAGACUAUUAGACAAAAUGCGUGAGAAAGAAAAAUGUAAUCAAGAGGAGGGGAAGCAAUCAAGAGCAACAACAGAGGAUAAUUUACGACGAAAGAAUCAACUCAAGCGCGAACACAGGAAGACAGAACUACAGCGUGUAUCUCAGGGCAAAAAGCCUUUUUAUCUUAAAAGAUCAGAGGAGAAGAAACUCGAACUGGUUGAAACCUAUAACAAGCUAAAGAAUAAUCCGAAAAAGCUAGAAAAGGUUAUUGAGAAGAGGAGAAAGAAGAAUGCUGCAAAGGAACAUAAACGAAUUCCUUUCAAACGACAAAAGACUGCAGAGUAA